AUGGUUACCAAAUACUUGUCUGUGGCGUUGUUCGCCUCGGCCGUUUUGGCAUAUCCUAAACGACACGAACGAUUCCACUAUGGCAGUGGCACAGGUGGUGGCUGGGCUAUGCCAACUGGUGGCAUCUACCCCAUGAAUGGCACUGUUCACACCAAGGGCCCAGACUCUGGUGCUUCUUCGGUGGAGACACCCUCUUCUGUCGUGGCUUCAGCUGUCAGGACUGUCACCGUUCAGCCCAUCCCGCUCGACUUGUCUUCUCCCGAUACCGCUCCCGCUCCUGCUCCGGCUUUCUCUAGCCCGCCCGAGGUUGCAGCAGUCGCUUCCAGCCCCGGCCUCGCAAAUACCGAUGCCGCCCCAACAGUUGCCGCUGCAACGGCUGCUGCUCCAACCGAUAUUGACAUGUCAUCUUGCUUCGUCUUGACUACCACCAUAACCGCCACAUCUGUCGAGUACGUCACGGUCACAGCAACUGCUGGCGUUGGUGGAUCCGAGGACUCGGGCAAGAACUUCGGCGUCCCUUCGGACUCUACAGCAACUCUCCCCUCCGAAGGAUCUGCGCCUUCAGGGGGUGCAGGUCAAUUCUUCGGGGCUUCAUCGAGCACCAGUUCUGCAUCUGUUGCACCCGAAGGCCCCGGCGGAUUCUAUGGUGCUUCUCAAAGCUGGACCUCGGCUUCAUCUACUACGUCCGCUGCACUGGGUGAUCUGUCUUCAUCAAGCUCAUUCAGCCUUGUUUCGGUUUCUCCUACUGCUGGGCAAUUCUUCCCCGGCGGCGGAAGAAGCUCGGGUGUUCCAUCCUUCGGUGGCUCUUCCAUUUCGGUGCCAUCCGUUGGUUCCCAAGGCGUCCCCCCUACAAUCAUCCCAACGACAUUGGCCACUGUGACUGGUGGGUCUCCGGCUUCCAGCCCAGCUAGCAGUGCCUCUUCUGCGUCGUCGUCCGUUUCAAGCCCAAGCUCUCCACCUAGCACUGGAUCGUCGGGUAAGAGAGGUCUUUCUUACAACGAUGCUUCCUUGACCGAUGCCUUCUCCGGAAAGGGCAUGAGCUGGGCCUACAACUGGGCAGCUUCAGCAGGUGGCCAAAUUGUUUCUGGUGCAGAGUAUGUCCCCAUGCUCUGGGGCCAGAAUUCCAUCUCGGGUUGGUCUAGCGCUGUUCAGUCUGCCAUCGCCGGCGGAUCCAAGCAUGCCUUGGCUUUCAACGAACCUGAUCUCGGCUCGCAAUCAAACAUCGACCCCGCGACUGCUGCCAAGUUGUACAUCGAUAACAUGAACCCUCUCGCGGGUCAAGUCCAGCUUGGCUCGCCUGCUAUCACCAACGGCGCGGGCACCAACCCGCUCAUGGGUAUCGACUGGCUCAACGCCUUCUUCAAGGCCUGCGCGGGUCAGUGCAAGGUUGACUUGGUCGCAUUCCACUGGUACGACUCAGCCAGCAACUUUGGCUACUUCCAGAGCCACGUCCAGGACGUGAUCGACGCUGCCGCUGCAAACGGCGUCGGCAAGGUCUGGCUGACUGAGUUCGGCGCCUCGGGCUCGGACAGCGACGUCGCGAAUUUCUUGGACCAGGCCAUCCCAUGGCUCGAGUCCCAGACCGCCGUCGAGCGGUACGCCUACUUCAUGUGCUCCGAUGGCAUCCUGGUCAAAGGCAACUCCAUCUCAUCACCCAUCGGUGAAGCUUAUCUCUCAUAA